AUGACGUUACUCGGGGCGGUGUCACGUGGGCAUGAAUCCUCUUCUGCGGAGAGGGUAUGAGGAAGACAGGUUAGUUUGCGGCAGCAGGUAUAGCCAAAAAUACAACUCCUGAUGCAUUAUUAUAAUCGACAAAACAAUAACUUUUUCCGGCCUUAGGUUGAAAGCAAUCCUCAUGUCUGCCAGUAGUGGAUCAUCUGCCCACUUUGACCGUAUUAGAGAAGUCAGACCCUUCAAUGGGGAACCUGGAGCCCUGUAUUGCAGAGCUAGUCCUCAGUCUCUAGAAGAGGCGAGAGGGGCUGUGCAGAGAUGUGGGACACCUCCACUUCGCCUGGCUCCCUCUCCAGUACACUUACCACUGGCUGCUGAAUUUUACCCCAGUGACAGUGAUGACAGCCUUGAUGCCACAAAUGUCAGACCUGUUAAGUCCCUCAUUCCUAGUUCUGUGAAAGACUUAUUCCGGGGCAGUAAGGGAUCCAUUUGUGAGUCAAAAAACAAUUCCAGAACCAACUUAUCUAUCCCUGGGUCAAACCAGGGUCAGCACGGCAUGUCAGGGGGAAGUGGCACUUCUCAAGAGAAAAAAGAAGGCAUUAUGGCGCCAAUCAGCACCUUCGAUGACCAUACUGUACACGCCGGCUUGACGUAUGAGGAGAGACUGGCACAGUAUCGACAAAUCCACGGCUACAUGAGAACCUGGGCUGGCUUGCUCCGCAUCCUGGGCUCCAUAGAGCUGCUGCUUGGUGCUGCGGUCUUCGCUUGUGUGUGCGCGUACAUAUACAAAGAUAACGAGUGGUACAACAUGUUUGGAUACUCGCAGUCUUACAGUGGAUACCCAGGAAUGGGGAUGACUGGCGGGGGCAUGGGCAGCAUUUCGGGCAUGAGUGGUGGCGGUAUGGGCGGGACCUACUACACGGGACCCCAGACUCCAUUUGUGCUGGUGGUGGCAGGUCUAGCUUGGCUGGUGACAGUGAUCCUGCUGGUGCUGGGCAUGACCAUGUACUACCGCACCGUACUUCUGGACUCAAACUUCUGGCCGCUUACCGAGUUCUUCAUCAACCUGAUUCUUGCCGUGCUUUACCUGGCUGCGGCUAUCGUGUACGUGAGGGACACGCUCCGAGGCGGUCUCUGCUAUUACCCCUAUUUUAACAACGGCAUGACCGGAGGCUUCUGCCGCACCGAAGCAGGCCAGACUGCCGGCAUCAUCUUUCUCUUUCUAAACACGCUCGUCUAUUUGGUCAGCGCCAUCGUGUGCAUUAAGCUACAGAGGCAUGAGGCAGCCCGAAUGCGGCGUGAAUACUACCAGCGCGAGGUGGCUGCAUAUUCUGGUCCAAGAUCACUGAAACCGAUUUUGAUUGACUCAGGAGCUCCAACACAGAUUAAGGCCACAAGAAUGGAGCCACAGGUGAAAGCUGGCCACGCCCCCUCUUUGCCCUUCCCGAAACCUGUGAUCCUGCCAGACUACGUUGAGAAGUAUGCCAGCAUCCGCAGCGAUGUUGAGCGAGAUCGCUACAAGGCCGUCUUCAGAGACCAGCAUGCAGAGUACAAGGAGCUGCAUGCAGAGGUGCAAGCUGUGCUGAAGAGGUUCGACGAGCUGGAUCGCGUGAUGCGUAAUCUACGUCGGCAAACUUCCAGCCAAACGGAGCAAGAGCGUUUACACAGGAUCCUGCAGGAAUAUGAAAGAAAGAAAACCGAUCCCGCCUUUCUUGAGAAGAAGGAACGCUGUACAUACCUAAAAGCCAAACUAUCCCACAUCAAGCAGAAGAUCCAGGAGUACGAUGACGUUACAGAUUGGAAAGAUGGAUACAACCAUAGCAGCCGCGACAUGCCUGGAGACCGAGUGUUGAGCAAACCAUCUUUUUCCCACUACCCCGAGGAAGAGUUUUUGCACUUUUACCGUUGGACCUCUCCACCAGGAGUGAUAAAGAUUGUGUCAAUAAUUAUCAUUAUUCUCACUGUGGCCAUGUUUGCUUGUGUAGCCUCCACCGUAGGCUGGGACUCAGAUCUGGAAAUGUCAGGGUAUGGAGGAAUUGGGGCAGGGCUUGGUGGAGGCAUGUAUGGGGGAAGUUAUGGUGGAGGCUAUGGUGGAAGCUAUGGGAGUAACUAUGGCGGAGGCUACAGCGGAGGCUACGGAGGAUAUGGAAUCGGAGGCAACUAUGUUAGUCCCCAAUCAGCAAAUGGAUUUAUUCUUGCCAUCGGAGCCUUCACCUUCCUGAUUGUGCUCGUCAUCUUCAUCAUUAUGGUGUCACGGCAGAAAAUGGCCCGCUCACGCCGGUUUUACCUGGCGGUCAUUAUAAUCAGCGCCAUAUUGGCCUUCCUCUUGGUCAUAGCCACUAUCAUCUACCUCGUGGCUAUCAACCCAACCGCCCAGGUGUCAGGGUCAGUCUAUUACAGCCAGGUUGUAGGUCUCUGUUCUCAGUACCAGAGCUCACAGCCCUCUGGAAUCUUCAUCAAUCAAUAUAUGUACCACUACUGUGUGGUGGAACCGCAGGAGGCCAUUGCUGUGGUGCUUGGUUUCCUGGUGACCGUUGGCCUUGUCAUCAUUGCGAUCUUUGCUGCAAGGACACGUCAGAAAAUCUGGAGUUAUGGGAGGAAUAUCCUCUGGCACGAAGUGAAGGUGGUCAGUGAUGGACUUUCACGUGACCUUGGAGAAUGGGUGAACACUGUGUCUGGUGAGCCAGAGCAAAUGCUGAAUGCAUACCCAGAUGAAAUUCGAGGGAGAGAACUCCUGGAAGAUGUGGCCAUUGAUUAUACCAAACCACCAUACAGUUCUACUGAGCCAACGAAGAGCUGGCCAUUGUACAGUCCAGGUCCCCACAGUACAGAGUCAGAGGUCACCAGCUCUGUAGGGAAGCCUAAUAUAAGGUCGCCUGGACACCACGUUGAUAGCCUGGAUGACACAGACUGUAUCACAGGGACUGAGUCUGGGGAGGAACUGGAUGACAGUGAUUUUCACAGUGAUUUUCCCACCAUUACUAAUGGUCAGAAAAGACUGGAAUAUAAACGGGAAUUCGAUAGGUACCACAAAGAAUACAAGAUACUGCAGGAAGAGCUGGAUGACGUCAACAAGGGUCUCAUGGAGGUAGAUCAUGAGCUGCAUGUCUUGCAGCCGGGCAGUUCACAGUACAUGGAUGCUAUGGAUGAAUUUAACCGGCUGAAGAAUCUGAAGAAGUCUGCAGACUACCAGAUGAAGAAGCAGAAAUGCAAGUAUCUAAAAGCCAAAUUGUCUCACAUCAAGAGGAAGGUCAAUGAUUAUGAUGGGAGAGUAUGACCUGGUUCAGUCUUAAUCUUUGCUUAUCCUCUCUAAGGAUUAAGAUCUGUUUAAUGGCAUUUUCAGAGUGCCAUCCUUGGAGAUACCAUAACCCUUUAAUAUCUCUUUAAGUAAAGUUUUAUGGAUUUUCCUUUCUAAAAAGAACCAUUUUUAAAUGUGAGUUUCAGUCACUCAUCCACUUAAAUUUUAUUUGAUAAUUUCCACUAUUGUAAAUAGAGGCAUACUGUACUUUUUCAUAACAGCUAUUUUAAUAGAAAGAUUGUAUUAAGCAUUGCUGCAAAGACCUUUAUAGUAAUUUAACUCUGCGUUUUUAAAAUCAUUGUUUUGUCAGAAUAUCUGCUAUGAGAUCUCAAAUGCAAUUUCCCAAACUUUUGCACAGAAUUGAAUAUGCUGCUGUUUUUAUUGUGGUGUUUUCAGCUGCCUUUUUUAGAUCGUCUUGUAACUACAACAAGUUUUAAGUUUGAAAAAAUGGAUGUAUAUUACUUUUUCAAUUUAAUUUUUAUUUGUGUCAACAUUGUUUUGACGUUAUAAAUGAAGUUUUUCUCAUAUUUGGGGCUGUGUUACCCUGUUAUGCUCAUUUGAGGGUUGCCAUCUUGAAAUAGUGAAAAGAUCUGUUUGGAUACUUUCUAAAACUUCCUACCACAGAGAUAAAAAAUAGGUUCUUGCCACUGCUCUUGCAUUGUUUUGUACUUUGUAAAUAUGUCUUUUGUUAUUUUCAUUAAAAACAUUAAUCAUGAA